AUGUCGGUGGAAUUAAGGAUGUCUUGGAUAUGUGGAGAAUGUCGCUGUAGGCAACCAAAACGAGAUAAUUCUCAUACUCCAGUGCGGCCACACGUCAUGUGGGGUCUAAAUACCACCUCUACUGCUUCGUGCCUUGACGUAUCCAUGCAGACUUCUGAUAACGUGACUGUUCGAGCUAAGCCGCGAUACACCCAAACUACUAUGGGAAGCACAGCCGAAAGUAUUACAGGAAAUGAUUUAAAAGAUUCUGUUGUGCGUGAAUUAAAAACCUGCAAAUUGAAUUCGAAGCACAGCUAA